UUUGAUGUUAUAUAAAUCAAAAAAUGUAUCGCUAUUGAGCUCAAUGUAUGUUUGAUCGCCUGCCUACACCGAAUAUUACAGUUUUUUUAGGGGUUAUAUUUUUUAUUGAUACAUUUUUCUAUUAGUAUACCUACUUGCAACGAUGGCUAGACUUUUAAUGUUAUCGUCUGUGAUUUUGCUUAGUGCUUACCUAACGGAACAGGUGCAUUUUCUUCAACCAGAUUACAUCAAUAAACUAAAUGGAGAAAUAUCGACAUGGAAGGCAGGAGAAAAUUUUCCUCCCGAUACUCCUAUCGAAUAUUUAAAAGGGUUAUUGGGAUCUCACGGUGUAGAAGCUGCAGCCAACGGUCCAUUCAAGACCCAAGAUCCCAACUACAAUUCCAUAUUCUACAUUCCCGAAAAUUUCGACGCCAGAAAAAAAUGGAAGCAUUGUAAAACGAUCGGCAUGGUUCGCGACCAAGGAAAUUGUGGUUCAUGUUGGGCUUUUGGCACUACUGGUGCGUUUUCCGAUCGGCUGUGCAUUGCCACAAACGGUGAAUUUAACGAGCUGUUGUCGGCCGAAGAACUGGCGUUUUGCUGUACUUCGGGUGGCUCCGGAUGUGGCGGAGGGACACCCAUGGUGGCGUGGAACUACUUCAGUACGAACGGUAUCGUCACUGGUGGUGACUAUGACAGCAAACAGGGAUGUCAGCCAUACUUAGUUCCACCUUGUAUUCACGGUGUUCCGGCAGAACAAGAAGGUUCUUGUCGGGGUCAACCGAUGGAGGAGAACCACAGGUGCACUAGAAAGUGUUACGGAAACACAACAAUCGAUUACCAGAAAGACCACAGAUAUGUCUACGGGGCGUACUACCUUACAAUAGAUACCAUCCAAGAAGAAAUGUUGGCUUACGGUCCGGUAGAAGCGACUUUUGAAGUCUACGACGAUUUCGUCAAUUACAAAUCGGGUGUCUAUGAAAAAUCGGAAAAUGCUUCGUACUUAGGAGGUCAUUCCGUGAAGUUGAUUGGAUGGGGCGUGGAGAAAGAAACUCCAUACUGGCUGUUGGUGAACUCGUGGAAUGAAAACUGGGGAGAUAAGGGAAUGUUCAAGAUCCGAAGAGGCACAAACGAAUGUGAAAUCGAAGAAUCGAUGUCAGCCGGUGUGCCCGUUACUGACUAAAAAAAUUACCGAUGUGCAUAUAAUAUUAUUUAUAUUGUAUGAUAAAUAACUUAAUGGACACAAUGUAAAAUUAUUUUGACCACAGGAAAAUUAUAAUUUAAAAUUAUUAAUUUUUUAACACAUUAUUUGAGGUAAAAAGUAAAAUAUAUAAAAACAAAUUUUAAAUUAUAAAAAGUUCAAGUUAUGCUCUUAUCAAGUUAUAACUUUCCCCAGUGGGUGCCAGGAAAACUAAAAGCUCUUUAUAAUUAUAAAAAAAAUGGCCUACAAAAAGUAUAAAAUAAGCAGAAUAACACCAAUUUUCAAUUCAGGUAACCCCACUAAUAUUAUAAAUUACUGUACAAUUUCUGGGUUACCUCUUAUGGGUAAGCUUUUUGAACUCUUGGUUCUAAAGACAAAUUUAUAAUAUAAUUAUAUUAUAUUAUAAUUAACCAUAUUAAAAUAAAGAUAUUAGAUUAAGAUAAUAGAAAUUUGCCACAUAAAAUAAAAUUAUGAAAAAUAAUACUAAUAGGAUUUUUAUUUAAAACUACACCCUUUUCCACUAGUGAUGUACAAAUUACAGAAUUUUGAGUUCAAGCCCUAAAAAGUUGUAGGCAAAAAUCUGUAAUUUUGUACAGCACUUACUUAUAUGUAUAUAGAACAUCUGGUAAAAGUUUGGUAAUGAAGACUUAAUUUUGCUAGAAGUUGUAAGAAAUUGAAUUUUUCAAAUUUCGUAUUUCAGAACUACGCAUAACAUAUUAUUUUAAUUUAUUUUCUAAUAAAAUUCAUAGUUCUAUUGUUUUUUAUUUAAUAUUAUGUCUCUAUGUAUGUAGAAUAUCCCACCCAAGUUGUUGGAAGCUAGAUUGAACUAUGUUUCAAAAAAAAUAUUUCUUGCCUAAAAUUAUGGCAAGUUCAUUAUGUGUACAUUUUUAGUUUUUCUCGAUUUUAAAGGGAGAGAGAGAGAAGGACUAAAGUAUCGACCAGUAGGUUAUAAAAUAGAUAUUGUUGGUCAAGACAAAAAAUAAACAAUAUCAUUGUGAACAAUACCUUCUUAGCUGGCAUUAAUAUAAUUG